AUGCCCAUAGACACCUGCAAUCUAAAGGUGGUCCUCUUAUGCAAGGGUCCAGGGUCCAAUGCUGAUGCAUUGAGGCCCAAUAGAGACGAUUCACAAUGGUGGGGAAGAAGAGACGCCUUGGUCAGAUGCAUAAGUUCCUUUCUUUUCUCCCCUCGACCACAAACCGGAUCCAGGGAGUUGGUGUUUCUAUUUGAUGAUGACUUGGCAAAGAUGACGAUUAAAGUAACAAAGAACUGCAAUUUUGUGCCUACAGAGAAAGCGAUUAUUUCUCUCUGGAAAAAAGCAGCGCAGAAAUUGAACACGACGAUUGAAGAGAACGGCAUGGAGUGUGUGGUCGAAAUCGAUCCCACUUACCAGAGCGACACUCUAUCGGCGGGUAAUCGUCCCUCAGGACUCGAUUCGAAACGACAAGUUUUGGAAUAUCUUCAGAAGCAUUGUCCUAUGGAAUUUCUGAGAUCAAAAGGAUUGAACAGCAACAUGACUGUAAUUCUUAGAAAGACAAAUAAGAAGGCACUGAUUGCAGUAUUUAAUGAUUGGAAGAAGGCAACUCAAAAGGGGUUCCCUGCUAGAGAUGAUGCAUCACAAAGACAGAAACUCUUCCAUCACAUCCUGAACACUGAAAAAGAAAAAUCAACUCGAGUGAUCGCUGGGACCUUGCACGAAAUGUUUCAAGAAUUCCCGUGUUAUGGCCUCGCCACCAAAGAGAACAAGGAAGUCGUUCCUUUCAGUUUGGUCCUAUUUCUCGGUGCAGUUCGAGACAUGUCUCCCAAAGAGAAUCAAAUUUUGCAAAGCGUCUGCAAGAAAGCAGAUAUACCUCUCGUCGGAAUCCGGUUCGGGAUGGUACCAGAGUUCACCAGUAAGAUUUUAUCCAUCCUUUCAUUCCAUCACUUCCAUAAUGCUGUUUCAGUUCCGAUCGAGAGGCUACUUGAGUCCAAUGCAGGUCAAGCAAUAGGGGAGAAAAUAUCAUGGAAACCUGAAUCGCAUAAACUCCGAGUGGUUUGUUCUGUUCCAAUGUCGUCAACCGAAAUAUCCACUGAUCUGAAAGCCCGUUGCCGGACGCACUGGUGCCUCAUUCGAGUCAUUGUGUGCACACUUUGGCGAUCGCGCUUGGUAUCUUCUGACUUUUCAACCUCCCUCACAAAUUAUCUGCAUUUGAUGUUUCGGGAUGGAGUCACUCUGGAACUGAAUGAGGCUGCUUUUGUAUCAAAGCUUGCGAAUAAGCACCAAGCUGCCCCGUCCGAGUAUCAAAUUCUCGCUGCUCUCAAGGAGAAUAUUGAUACAGCAUCAUCAAAAGCGAACGACUUGAGUGAGAAAAAGUUGGCGAAGAAAGUCAUGCAACAAGUCAUGAAGGACGAGCAGGAAGAAAAGUGUCUCAUACAUGGGCUGAACUCCAAGAUUGCCGAUUCAUCCCUCUCGGCCAACUUUUAUAGAGAAGAAGAGCCCAAGAGGUCAGAGGGCCGGACUGUCGUAUUAUUACUUGAACUUGACGCAAACUCCAGAGAGAAGGGCCAAGCUAUCAGCACUACGUAUGACGCCCUUGUUCGCGCCGCAAGGAAAACAAGUUCACCUUUCUUGGAAGGGCCCUUGUUCGAUUGCGAUUGUGAGGACCAAGAAGCUGCUUCGAUUAUUGCUUUGCAGCAUUUCUGUAACCAGAACAAGCUAUUCACCAUGAAACAGGCGAGCAACAAGAGAAAACGCGACAGCGGUCACUAA